UCAUCGGCGGAAGUUCCCAGUAUCAAAUACAAAUUUUCUCUGAGGUGAUUAAAACAAAAAUCCUGGUUAGUUUGAUAUUAUAUCUGAAUUAGAAACGACCAUAAGUUUAAGUACACUUUCUUCAGUUUGCUUUAAAUUUUUUACACAAAUUUCGGACGGAUGUACAAAUCGUAUAAAUAACGUGUUCAGUUUCCUGUUUGUAUCUACAAAACAGAAGUUUAGUUUUAUUUUAAAUAUGGGACUUAACCCGUUGAGAUGGAAAACCAGAAACGUGUUGUAUUCAGCAUUGAUGUUGUUUGUUUUUUAUAUACUAUUCAUAUAUAAGAAAAAGUCUCAAGUAAUUUUUGAAGGCAUUAUACAGAACUCAAAUCCAAUUCAUGUUUGGGAAUAUGUAGCUGAUUUUAGCAACAUGAAGAAAUUAAAUCCAACAAUAGAAGAGUUUAAUGUAAUCGCAGAAAGUGGUAAUUACGAUCAUUGGAAAUAUUCGGUCGAAUAUACCGAACGUUUAAGUCACAUACCAAUUAUUCGAAAUGUCGCGCAAGGACAUUAUGCCGUACGACAAGAUAAUCAUGGUUAUUUAAUCACUUCGAAACAUCAUACAUGCUUUUUCCCUAAAUUGGGAUGCUUGGAAUCGAUCUCGCAAUUCAGAUUCGAUAGAGAUGGAGCUAAUGAUACGAAAUGUAUCGAAACAGUGCAAUAUGAGUGUCCGAUCGUAUUUUCGGAACUGUGUUACAGAGAAGUGAUGUAUCAACGAGAGGAAAUUAUAAAAAGAUUAAAAGCAGAAUUUUCCGUGGCUGACAUUCAGAAUUAAUAAUAUUUUAUCAACUAUAUUUACAUAUAUAUGUACACAUUAUUAAUGGUUCCGAUAUAAUUUUAGU